GCACCCCUGGUGUUCAUAAUCAGUAAUGCAAGAGAAAACUUUCUGCUUUUCCCCCUGAAGAAUGCAUUUGCCCCUUCAAGGAUCUGAUGUUGUGUCUCACCCGGGAACAUGAACAACACUUGCAUCUCACACACAGCUAACCUUACCAUGACUCCUCUCGGGGGUCAUCAGGUUUGGGAGGUGGUUCUGAUCGUGCUCGUGACUGGACCCCUGUCUCUUAUCACCAUCCUGGGCAACUCCUUAGUGGUCAUCUCCGUCCGGGUCAACAGUCAGUUACAGACCAUCAGUAACUACUAUCUUCUGAGUCUGGCGGUGGCAGACUUGAUCUUGGGUACGGUGUCAAUGAAUCUAUAUACUGCAUACAUAAUCAUGGGCCGCUGGACACUGGGACAUCUAGCUUGCGAUCUAUGGUUGACACUUGACUAUGUAGUGAGCAAUGCCUCGGUAAUGAACCUGCUGGUCAUAAGCUUCGACAGAUACUUCGCAGUCACACGACCACUGACUUAUCGAACAAAGCGAACUCCGAAGACAGCAGCAGCAUGGAUCGCUCUCGCAUGGGUGGUGUCGUUUGUGCUAUGGGGCCCUGCUAUCUUGUUUUGGCCUCAUGUGGUAGGACGACCAUCUGGAGCUGAAGCCCAGGCCUGUUCUAUCCCAUUCUUGAAGGUUCCUCCACUUGCAUACGGUACUGCAUUCGCUGCAUUCUACCUACCAGUCACUAUCAUGAUCAUUCUUUAUUGGCGAAUUUAUUGGGAAAUUGAGAACAGAGCAAAAGGACUCGCUGGUUUUGUAGGGGCUGUGAAGAACCCUAGAAAUGUUUUGGAUGGGUUGGACAAACAUUCAGUGCAUCAAACCAGUACCAAGAGCAACUUAAGUCGCUCAAAGGAAACAAAUUGGAGAAAAGGACAAGGUAAAACCAAAGACAAGUCUGUUGGGUGUUUCAAUUCAACGGAAAACAAAACUGCAGCCAUUUUGCAGAAGUCAGCUCAUGAGAGUUACAAGGCGGCUUACAGCAACAGUAACUGGAACACUAGAGACGAGGACGACAGCGCCUUGUCCUCUUCGACAGACGAGGAACAUGAGCAGAACAUCAAGGCGAGAGCAUCUUCAUCCAAUCCAACUGCAACUGAGUUGAAGGAUCUGCAAAGUAGAACGGAGGACACCAAAGAUGUGCAAGAGUUCAACUCAUCAGCUGGAUGUCCCACCAGACUCCAGUUCCACUUAAAACCACCCCAAAAGUCAGACCACAGCAUUUGCCACCAGCUCAGAGCUAAACAUCGCAUCAAUAUGAUCAUUAAAGAGAAAAAAGCGGCCCGGACACUAAGUGCCAUCUUGUCUGCUUUCAUCCUCACGUGGAUGCCAUACAACAUCAUGGUUUUGGCUUCCAUUUCAUACUGUGUGCCAGAAAAGCUCUGGCAGCUGGGAUACUGGCUGUGUUAUGUAAACAGCACGGUCAACCCCAUGUGCUACGCCCUCUGCAACGAGUCCUUCCGGGUCACCUUCAAGGCACUGCUACUUUGUCGGUGUGGAGAUAAACGAAAGUGGGACACAAACAGCUGGAAUCGCCAUGCCUCUAUGAGCCAGAAUAAGUCUUGCAGUAACGUGUAAUCGUUCACUCUGUCAUUUAUCAUUUUAUAGCACGGGUGCUUUUAAUUGCUCAAUGAUCCAGAAACAGUGCUUCAACAGGCAGACACUUUUUUUCUAGGGAAUAAUAUAGAGUUUGUGUUAACUCUGAAUAUGACUUCUGAUUCAGAUUGACUUCUAUAUUUGAAUGACUUUGUGCAUGCCUCUGCUUUUAGACAUUACACUGUCACUGUAAAACUGCUCGCUUCUUAAUCUUGUCAGACACUAAUGGGAAGUUACUUAGCCUUGUGGUCUGUAUGUCUUUGGCUACAUCAAAUGUUGUAAUAGUACUUUAAGAUCCAACAAAAAUAAAAAUCUAUGGCAUGUUAUUUUAAAAUGCCUA